CCCUGGUCUAGCCAGCCUCGAGAACCACUCACUGCCUCCCCGCCGUCACGCCUCGAGAAGCCGCCUGGCUCCGUCCCCCUCCCCUGGACAUCUUCCGCCAUGUCCAAAACACGUCGGAACGUCCGCUUCCCCCGUCGCAUGUCCAACGCCUCUGAAGGCCGGCGACCGAGCAUCUCCGACGCCAGUGAUGUUCUCUCCGACCCCGGCAGCCCGUCCAAGGACGGCAGCGUCGCGACGCCGGCCACAAUUCCCGAGGAGAAACCCGAAAAGCCCCAGCUGUCCGAGUACGAGAAGAAGAAGCAGACCUUUAUCACGCGCACGAUAUGGACCUUUGUCAUGAUCUUCGGCUUCUUCAUCGCCAUGUUUUCCGGCCACAUCUACAUCAUCGGCAUCGUCACCGCCAUCCAGAUCGUCUCCUUCAAGGAGGUCAUCGCCAUCGCCAACGUGCCCAGCAAAGAGAAAAAUCUCCGCUUCACCAAGUCGCUGAACUGGUACUUCCUGGCCACGACCAUGUACUUCCUGUACGGGGAGAGCGUGAUCUACUACUUCAAGCAUAUUCUUCUGGUGGACAAGGUGCUGCUGCCUCUGGCGACACACCACCGUUUCAUCAGCUUCACGCUUUAUGUCAUGGGUUUUGUGUUCUUCGUCGCGUCCCUGCAGAAGGGACAGUACCGGUUCCAGUUCACCCAGUUCGCGUGGACGCACAUGGCGCUUUACUUGAUUGUCGUUCAAGCGCACUUUGUCAUGAACAACAUUCUGGAGGGCAUGAUCUGGUUCUUCCUCCCCGCGUCGCUCGUGAUCACGAACGACAUUUUCGCCUACGUCUGCGGUAUUACGUUCGGACGGACCCAGCUCAUCCAGCUGUCCCCCAAGAAGACGGUCGAGGGCUUCCUGGGCGCUUGGAUCUGCACCAUCAUUUUCGGGUACUUCAUGACCAACAUCCUCAUGCGCUACAAGUACUUCAUCUGCCCGGUCAAUGACCUGGGCGCCAACGUGGUGACUGGAUUGCAAUGCAACCCCAACCCGGCCUUUGUGGCUCAGCCGUACCAUGUCCCGGAAUGGACCGGCAUCGACAAGACCUUCUAUGUCGAGCCCAUCCAGGUUCACAUCCUCAUCUUCGCGAGCUUUGCCUCCCUCAUCGCGCCCUUUGGCGGCUUCUUCGCCUCUGGCCUGAAGCGUACGUUCAAGAUCAAGGACUUUGGCGAGUCGAUCCCCGGCCACGGCGGUAUCACCGACCGCAUGGACUGCCAGUUUAUCAUGGGGUUCUUCUCGUACAUGUACUACCACAGCUUCAUUGCGGUGUACAAGGCGAGCGUGGGGGAUGUCAUUGAGACCGCCAUCAACGGUCUCACGGUCGAGGAGCAGCUCGAGGUGGUGCGGGGGUUGGGCAAGUACCUGUACAACCAGGGCACCGUCUCCGAAACCAUCCUCGACUGUCUGAACACCGAGCUCAAACGCCGCUGAACCUAAAAACCCGUCACGACCCGUCCUUGUUCCGUCCAACCUCUCUCUUUCUCUCUCUCUCCGUGAUGAACUCCUCACC